AUGCACAUCUAGAGAUUACAAGUCUGGUACGGCAACAUGUCCGCUAGUAGGUCACCUGUGGGCAGAAAUCAGAAGUUGGACGGCAAUGUUUUAUUUUCUUCCAAUCUGAUUGGUCCAGUGUUGUGAGAUCUGAUUGGUCCAGUGUUGUGAGAUCUGAUUAAUCCAGUGUUUAAUAUGGCCGGCCAACCCUUCCUACCCGUCUACCAGUCAGACAACGCCAGCCCAGUGGAGCUCAGGCUACUGGAACCUCCGUACUCAGAGGCCGUCUGCUACUCCUGGGGUGCUGACGUCAUAGACAGCUGGUUGGUUGAGACAGGCUUUGGCAGGUAUCGAGCCAUGUUUCGACAGAACGGGAUAGACGGACGCAAGCUGCUGACGCUGGACGAGGCGGGGCUCAGGAGGAUGGGCGUAUUCGACUCCCAGGACGCGCGUCAGAUUGUCGCGAACAUCAGCGUCAUGCGUCACAUUCACAGGCAUCUGGAGUCUUCUGAGCUGCCCGGACUACCUUACACCUACUACAGGGCCCUCUGUUUCGGCAAAAAGUCGACCUUGACCUCGCCGUUGCUACAGGAGAACAUGUGCUACACCACGUGGUCAGUGCCAGACCAAGUCACCCUCCGGCGUAUCAACAGUCUGUCCGGUGGGGAGGACACUUUUGGCUGGUUCGCUCGAAAUCGUCCCCACCCCACCAUCUAGGGCUACGUGACCAGGCGGUGCCUAAAUCUUUGGAAGUGUGGUGUCCGUCUUCAAGUUAUGUCAUAAAAAUCUGGCUUGCAUCAAAUAUGCCACAGGUGAAAUUAGGGAGCAGGGCUAACACGGCAGCCGCCGAGGGUCCUAAUUUUGGCAUAUUUCUUACAACCGCUUUUAAUCUCUUAUAAUCUCUUACACGGUAAAACAAAUUUCACAAGCAUCGUGGGUGGUUUUUUUAAAUAAAAGUCUGAGUGUUAAAUUACAAGUUUGUUUUUAAUUGGGAUCAAUUUUUGAAAAAAAUUAUUCUGUUAUAAUAGUUUUCAGAUCUGAUCCUUAGAUGUAUAUAAAUUCGGAUAUAAAUAUAAACUAUCUUCUUUUUAUUUUUAGACGCAAGUAAAUGAUAAAAUAAUUCACUUAGUUUGGUCAAAUAAAAAUGACGAGAAGAAAUUUCUUUUUAC